AUGGAUAUGGGCGGAAUGGACAUGGACAUGGGCACGGGAUCGUGCAAGGUGUCGAUGCUCUGGAACUGGGAUACUAUUGAUGCGUGCUUCCUCGCUAAAUCAUGGCACAUCACCUCGCGCGGGAUGUUCGCGGGCUCGUGUAUCGGGGUGAUCUGUCUCGUGCUGAUCCUCGAGUUUCUGCGACGAGUUGGGAGGGAAUAUGAUGCGUUUAUCGUGAAGAGGGCGAGACUGCGCGCGAAGUUCCUCUCCCCUUCUGCUUCUACAACUGGAAACGGAAUCGGUGGUGUUGGCGCCGGCGGGAAAUCUUCGCCUUCAUCGUCGAACUCGAAUUCAUCGUCUGCUUUACAUCAACAACAGCAAUCCCAAUCCCAAAACCAGGAUACCAAAACAACCGCAACACCCAUCACAACCCAACCGCAAACGCAGACACAAACCCUAGGAAAUGAAAACGGAAGCGGGAUAAUCCGCCCAACGCUCAUCGAACAACUCAUCCGCGCUCUACUGCACAUGCUGCAAUUCGCCGUGGCGUAUUUCAUCAUGUUGCUUGCGAUGUACUUCAACGGGUAUAUUAUCAUAUGUAUAUUUAUCGGGGCGUUUCUGGGCGCAUUUAUCUUUUCGUGGGAGCCGUUGGGGCUUGCGGAGAAUGAGAAUGAUGCGACUGCUGUUACUGGGUGUUGUGGGUGA